GCAGCGAUGGCGGAGGACGAGCGGGCGCUGCUGGGCUCCGCCGCCGCCGCGGAGGAGGAUGAGGAUGGCGGCGGUUCUCCGGGGCCUCUCCGUUCCCUGCCCGCCGUCUGCGAUCCGCGGCGUUUGCCGCACCGCCUCCUCGUCCUGGCGCUCAUGUGCUUCCUGGGCUUCGGCAGCUACUUCUGCUACGACAACCCGGCGGCUCUCCAAACGCAGGUUCAACGGGAUAUGAAGGUGAACACAGCUCAGUUCAUGGCACUCUAUGCAUGGUAUUCCUGGCCCAACGUGGUUCUUUGCUUCUUCGGAGGUUUUCUGAUAGACAGAGUGUUUGGAAUACGGUUGGGCACUAUAAUAUUUAGUAUCUUUGUUUGUGUCGGGCAGGUGAUCUUUGCUUUGGGAGCACUACUUAAUACUUUCUGGCUGAUGGACCUGGGCAGAUUUGUAUUUGGAAUAGGUGGAGAGUCCUUAGCGGUGGCACAAAACACGUAUGCAGUCAGUUGGUUUAAAGGCAAGGAGUUAAAUCUUGUGUUUGGAUUACAGCUAAGCAUGGCCAGAAUUGGGAGCACAGUGAACAUGAAUAUCAUGGGAUGGAUAUAUUCUAGAGUUCAAGAUCUUCUGGGGUAUACUGGUCCCAGUACUCUUGGGUUAACUCUCAUGAUAGGUGGCAUAACGUGUCUCUUUUCACUGACCUGUGCAUUAAUCCUUGCUUAUCUGGACAAGAGAGCGGAGAAGCUCCUUUGUAAAGAGCAAGGGAAAACGGGUGAAGUGAUUAAGCUAACUGAUGUGAAGGACUUCUCUUUCUCCUUGUGGCUUAUAUUUGUAAUCUGUGUCUGUUACUAUGCAGCAGUUUUUCCUUUCAUUGGACUUGGAAAGGUUUUCUUUAUUGAGAAAUUCAGAUUCUCAUCUCAAGAAGCAAGUGCAAUUAACAGUAUUGUGUAUAUCAUAUCGGCACCCAUGUCCCCAGUCUUUGGACUCCUGGUGGAUAAACUUGGAAAGAAUAUUAUCUGGGUUUUAUGUGCUGUAAUAACUACACUUGCUUCUCAUAUUAUGUUGGCUUUUACCUUCUGGAACCCCUGGAUAGCAAUGUGUUUGCUAGGACUGGCCUACUCGCUGCUUGCCUGUGCCCUGUGGCCCAUGGUGGCCUUUGUUGUUCCAGAACACCAGCUGGGAACUGCUUAUGGCUUUAUGCAGUCUAUCCAGAAUCUUGGUCUGGCAAUUAUUGCUAUAGCAGCUGGGAUGAUUCUGGACACAAGAGGAUACUUAUUUCUUGAAGUCUUCUUCAGUGCUUGUGUUUGCCUGUCACUAAUUGCUGUUGUCAUGCUGUAUUUUGUCAAUCACCUCACCGGUGGUGAUCUCAACUGGUCUGCAAAGAAAAGGGAAAAACUGCAAAAAGUAGCUGCAACUGAAGCGGAAGAACAAGAGAGACUCAGACGUCAAAAUGAAGAAGACUUGGCUAAAUUACGGCCAAAAGCUGAUGCAUUUAGUUUAAGGAAUAAGUACCUCUCCAAACUAGGCGCUCAGAAAUGAAGUCUCACCAAUGGUAAUUAAAAAUCUAAUGAAGAAAAUGAGAAUGAAUCAAUGGCUGGUGAACCAAGUAAGUUGAGGAGCAGGCUUAUUAUGAUGCAUGAUUUUUUUAAAAUUAUUUUUUGCAGCUACCAGAUAAUUACUCUUCCUAUUUAUCGACAAUGGCACACAGAAGCAUCUUGAAAUAGCAUCUUGCCCCACUUGCAAAAGCAGAAAUACAGUGAAGUCCUGGUACACAAAACUUUGUUUCCAGUCCUGACAACUACCGGAGCAAAAGCAGAAAGAUGCACCAUACUUUUCUGCAAGUGUAGAUACUAUUUUUAAAGUACUUGGCUUAAGCUCCCCCUCUGCACUGUGGGUAAAUAACACAGAUACUGAUGAAGAACCAUCUGGCUGUUUAUUUGAACCCAUGAGCUAUGUACUACGCCCUUCUGUCUAAAAUACUCAGUGAGUAGCUCGAGUCAAUAGCUAAGACUUGAUCUUUUCUCACUACACAAUGAUGUUUGAAAUGGGAAAGCUUUGUUUCAGUAAUAAAAUUGCUGUGAAAUGAGCCUUGAUCUUGGUAUGGGUUAUAUAGCCUCUCAAGUUGGACAGCUCUGUUUCCAUGUUGGAAGUGGCCUGUUUCAUUUUUCUUAUAGAAAAAACGUGAGAAAAGAGUACCUUUCUAUUUUGAUCCAACCGAGUAUUUCAGGGGAAACUAAACUAUACAGUUUCAGUGUUAGCUCAAAAAGUGCUAGCCCUGGAACUUGAUACAAAAUCACAGGCUUAGCAAUAAACCUCAUGUAAAUCCUGAUUAAUGUGAAAAUUUGUGUAUUUUUAAGAUGUUGUGACUAAAAAUGAUGAAGAGAGUUAAAUGCAGGAACUGAAGUUUGGUGUUCAGUGGAAAAAUGUUCAAUUUCAUAAUGAAACUUAACGCUUUCCCAUAAUUUCAGUGAAAGGCCUGUUGCUGAAUAGCUGGUUACUAGCAACUCCUGCAGAGUGCGUUGUUCUUUGUGUUGUGUUAAUGAUAGAGGCUUGCUUACAUAAUUGGACAAACUAUUCCGAAACUAAGCUAAUCUUACUUUAAAAGGCAAGAGUAUCUGGCUUUCUGGAGCACUAGGUGCACCAAACAAAACGCUGCUACGGAGGUAGAGGAUAAGGUGCACAGGGGUGAGGGAGCUUUCCUUGGCUGACUGCAGGGAGUCCUUGUGUGCCACGAAAGGCUUCAGACCCUUUGGCGAAUUGCUUGAUGCAGAGAAAGUAGUUUGCUUUAAUAAAAUGUUGUAUUAUACCUGUAAUAAUUUUUUUUGCCUGCAGUAAUUUAAGCAGACCUUCUGGAACUCAUGGUCUUAAGGAUUUUUUAAAGCUGCUUUUCAGUGGAGAUUUCUUUCUUGUUCCUGAAGCGCUAAGGUCAUCUUCCUGAAAGACUAAGCCAGGACUAUUUUGGUUGAUAGUUCUGUAUUCUGGAGAACAAUCUGGGAAGAUAAAGUAUCGGGUUGUGAACUCUGCUGAGCUUACUGCUGAAGGGACUGACCUGUGAUCAUUUUUAUUGGUGCUCUCUGUGCUCCCUUUGAGAACCAAACGCUCUCAGCUCUGAGACUGGUUGAUGCAAGUUGGUUUAUGUUUCCUUGUUGACUUGUGAAUUCUGGGUCUUUUUAAUAAAAGCU